AUUAUUGCAUUUUCGGCUCCUCCUUGGACUUAUCUCGUUUUCUCAAAACCCAAAUUCUUAUUAUAAAGAGAUCUCAUCCAUCUUUUUCACUUUGAUCGAGUUUAUGCAAUGACAAGGCAUGAAGAACUUCCAAUUCCUAUAUACUCCUCGCUUGACCCAGUCUAUGGCGAUGGAUCAUCACUCGAAGAAGCUCAACUUCGUUUCGACAACCUCAAAUCCAAAUUCAUUCAGGUCUUUGGGCAUCCGCCAGAUGUAUACGCUCGUUCUCCUGGAAGAGUGAAUUUGAUUGGCGAACAUAUCGACUAUGAAGGGUACUCGGUGCUUCCAAUGGCUAUUCGUCAAGAUACGAUUGUCGCAAUUAGGAUGAAAGAUGAUGGGUAUCCUGAGAAUUUGAUUCGAAUAGCGAAUGUCAAUGACAAGUACAGCAUGUGCACUUACCCUGCUGACCCAAAUCAGGAAAUUGAUCUAAAAAAUCAUCGAUGGGGACACUAUUUUAUAUGUGGGUACAAAGGCUACCAUGACUUUGCCAAGUUAAAAGGUCUCAAACUUGGACCACAAAUUGGCUUGGACGUUAUGGUUGAUGGAACAGUUCCUACAGGCUCUGGAUUAUCAAGUUCUGCAGCAUUUGUUUGCUCAUCUACGAUUGCAAUAAUGGCUGCAUUUGAUCAGAAUUUUCCAAAGAAAGAAAUUGCUCAACUUACAUGUGAAUGUGAACAGCAUAUUGGGACACAAUCUGGUGGGAUGGACCAGGCUAUAUCUGUCAUGGCAAAAACUGGCUUUGCUGAGCUGAUUGACUUUAACCCAAUUCGUGCAACUGACGUUCAACUUCCAGCUGGGGGUUCCUUUGUGAUAGCCCAUUCAUUGGCGGAAUCCCAGAAAGCUGUAACUGCUGCUACAAAUUACAAUAACCGAGUUGUUGAAUGUCGUCUGGCAGCUAUUAUUCUAGGUAUAAAGCUUGGAAUGAAACCCCAAGAGGCAAUAUCCCGUGUGAAAACUCUUUCAGAUGUUGAAGGGUUGUGUGUAUCAUUUGCUGGCGAUCAUGGAUCUUCUGAUCCAGUUGUUGCUGUUAAGAAACUCUUGAAUGAGGAACCAUACACCACUGAAGAUAUUGAAAAGAUUACAGAGGAGAGCCUGCAAUCAAUCUUUGUCAAGUCUCAGAGCUCUUUGGAUGUGAUUAAAGCUGCUAAUCAGUACAAAUUAUACCAGAGAGCCUUCCAUGUUUAUUCUGAAGCCAAGCGAGUGUAUGCUUUCAGGGACACUGUAUCAUCAAAUAUGAGUGAUGAUGAAAUGUUGAAGAAGCUUGGGGCCCUUAUGAAUGAGAGUCAUCAUAGCUGCAGUGUUCUCUAUGAGUGCAGCUGUCCGGAAUUGGAAGAUCUGGUGAAAGUAUGCAAAGACAAUGAAGCAUUUGGAGCUAGGCUAACCGGAGCUGGAUGGGGUGGCUGUGUGGUUGCUUUGGUCAAAGAGUCUAUUGUUCCUCAGUUCAUCCUCAACUUGAAGGGACAAUUUUACCAGUCAAGAAUAGACAAGGGGGUGAUAAGUAAUAAUGAUCUUGGCCUAUAUGUGUUUGCAUCCAAACCUUCAAGUGGCUCUGCUAUUUUCAAAUUCUAGCAAAUGGGGGUUUAAGUAUAAGAUUAGAGUAUAAGAAUGAUUGAGAUUCAGUUGAUUAUUAUUAGUGCAAGUUAUAACCAAGUUUAUCUUUCCCAUUUAAUUCAUUGAUUGAUAACUGUUUUGCUGCCACUUAAUCUUUUGUUUCCCAAUUUGAGAUUAUUUGCAAUAAGAAUCUUUUAUUUUAUU